AUGGCUCGCUUCACUGAGUACUCCGUCGUUGGACGCAAGCUCCCCACCGAGGCGGACCCUGAGCCUAAGCUCUACCGCAUGCGCAUCUUCGCCCCCAACGACGUUGUCGCCAAGUCUCGCUACUGGUACUACCUCCGCCAGCUCAAGAAGGCCAAGAAGGCCUCUGGCGAGAUUGUUGCCAUCAACGUCAUCUCGGAGAAGAAGCCCCUCAAGGUCAAGAACUUCGCCAUCUGGAUCCGUUACGACUCUCGUUCCGGCACCCACAACAUGGUUAAGGAGUUCCGUGCCCUUUCCCGUGCCGAGGCCGUCGAGGCUAUGUACCAGGACAUGGCUGCCCGCCACCGUGCCCGUUUCCGCAACGUCCAGAUCCUCCGCGUUGCCGAGAUCGAGAAGACCGCGGACAUCCGCAGGCCCUACAUGAAGCAGCUUCUGGUCCCCGACCUCAAGUUCCCCCUCCCCCACCGUCGUUCCAAGUCCAAGGCCUGGUUCGCCGCCAACCGCCCCUCGACCUGGGCUUAA